UUUACUAGAUGUGGCGUAAACCCUGAAGUUAGCGACUCCACGAUUACGUAGUCAAGGAUACCAACCGUGUCACUAUAUCGUAACGGUGAUGUCGCCAUUUUCUUUACCAUACGUGCGGCAAACUUCGCGUACCUCUGUGUUUCUGUUUGCGCGAAAAACGUGUACAGUGAGAUGGAUUAAACGCGAAUCGUACAGCGUUAUUCCGAGAACUUAAUCGUCAAAAUGUCGUUGUAAAAGAUGAAAGUGACAGUCACAAUUGCGUAAUUAUAUUUCACGAGCGACAGGGUUACCAAAAAGUCGUGGAUAUGGCAGAAAUUUCGAAUUCCGCCGUGUUUACAAACGAUGCAUCUACUGGUGCUUCCGAUCUUCUUCAACAAGCGUUUCAGCAAGUUGUCGAUGACGACGAUCACGAUAACGAGUUCGUCGCAUUUUUACAAAACGAUGACAACGAUUCCGAUACAAUUCACCUGACGCCGGAACAAGCCGCGGCUCUAGGUCUAACCUUCGAGGUAAAUUCAAACGAAGAGGUUAUGUAUCACAACGACGAAGAUAAUGCUACUUCGCACACCAAGAACGGCUUCAAUAUACAAAUUCAAAAUUCGUUAUCUCCUCAGAAUGCUAUAACGAUCGAUCAUUUAAAUUAUCGACCUGAAGAUGCACAAAAAACAAAUGAUAACGAUUUAAUUAAAACGGAGUGUAUAGACUUCCAAGAAUGGCAUUUGCAAAAGGUUUCUGAAAGCGGGCAGCUCCAAGAUCAAAUAGUCGAUAGCGACUUAUCGUUGGAAGAGAUAGAUUUGACCAAUAAAAAUCACGAAUCUCGACGAAUGAUCCAACAUCGAAAUAACCUAAUUCAACAAAACUCGGGUACGCAGAGAAUAGUUUUGGAGCAAACUAAGGUACACGCGGUAAAAACGGACGUUACGCACGUCAAGAAUAUCCACGAAGACGAUCUGCGGUACACCAUCGAUGAUGGCGUAACGCAGAAUCAACUGAACGCGGCGCCUCAUUCUCAGACACAAAUCUUACAAAAACUACCUGUGAUUUUACCACCUUCGCAAUAUAUUAUAAAACCAGCGCAAACGAUAUUGAAGCCAACCAAAAGCGUUAGAUUGCUUCAAGGUUCGAACAAGCUUAACAACGCGACGGUUAAUCCCAUUCAUACUGUACAUUCGCUUAAUAGCAGUACAAAUCCUAAUUCUGUAUUAUUGUCGAAAGCUAGAAUAUUAAAUAAUUUAUCGUCGCAGAUAAUAAAAGCUACUCCUAUAACGGCUCAGUUGUUAAAUAACAGCGGUUUAUCGGCGCAACUGUUAAAUACUUCUCAGAUUUUAACAGGGGCUUGCGAGAUACAGAAUCAGCCUGCUGGUACGGCGCAUAUUACUAACGCUAUAGUAAACACUACAUCCGGAACAACGCAAAAUCUUGUUACCUCGCAAAUACGUUUAUCGCCGAUUGUAAAAUCAUCGCAGUCGCUUCAGAGAGGGAACGUCCAACAAUAUUUAACUCCGGUGCUAAAAGGUGCAUCGAACGCGGUCUCCAAGCCUAACCAAAUUUUAACUAAUACCAGCGUAGCGACGGCCAUUCCUGCGCAGCUCUUAAAAUCGGUGCAAAUUCCUUCUCAGUUACUUAAAACAAAAACUACAGUUGCUAAAAAAGCUGUAGCGCCAACUGGAGUACAGAAAACUACGAUUAGCCCUAAUUCACCGGUAGUACUUCGAACUACAUCGAUCGUUAAAUCUCAAGAUAUGAAAACGGCAACUAUGAAUUCAACGUCGAUCUUGAAACCAACUCAAAUGUCUUCUACGCCCGUAUCUAUCUUGAAACCGCAAGCUAAAAUGGCAUUUAACAAUUCAACUAAGCAAAAUGUAACAACCGCAGCACAAAAUGCUUCCGCUGUCUCGAAUACCUCGCAAAAAACACCUGUAACGCAACAUAGCGGUACAUUUGAAUCCGCCAAAUCGGUACCGAACGAUACUAUUAAACAAAAGCUUAAUCUUGUAGCAAACGGCACGAACCUUAAAGCGAAUAGAAAACCUAAAAGUACUGCAGUACCUGUUAAAUCUACAGCAGUAACGAAUGAAUCUACGGAUGCAUCUAAGCCGCUAGGUUCUAGUGAAAAUCCGAUACAAAUAGUUCAACAAGGUCAAACAUUUCAUAGUAUGCAGCGUUUGACGCCGACGCAAUUGAAACAAAUCGCUCAUGUUUUGCAACAACGCAGUCAAGAAACAGCUACUUCAAAUGAGAAAGUUGUGUAUAGAGUCGUAUUUCCCGAAGAACUGGACUUGCGAAUUAGAAAUCCGGGGAAUUUGUUAAAGAAUCGCGGUGGAAAAAGAGGAAGACCAAAAAAGAGUGCUAUAAGGCCUUCGUUACUUCCACCUAAACCUCCACCAAUUCCCGACGAAGAACAGGAAGAAUUGAAGGAUGAAAGGAAAAAAGUUGUGGCGAGAACGCGGUCUGGGAGACUUUCUCGACCUCCAAGACAUAUGGUGCGUGAUUACAAGCAUCUCCAUCAUUUAGAUUUCUUGCAACCCGAUUUAGACGAUUCGGAUGGUGGUUAUAGCGAUUACAAUACCAGUAACGAUAAACUCGAAGAAGAAGAGUCGCCUAAAGAAUUAUUAACAGGAUUAGAAGUACCGAAAAGGAAAAUAUCAGAUCACUUUAGGUGCCCUACGUGUAAUAAAAUAUACUUGGGACGUACUCGUAUGGCGAGACAUUUUGAAAUGCAUCCCGAUCAUGGCAGUCCCGAACAAUUACCUCCUCCGACGCCUGAACCCGAAUUAAAGCAGAGUACAGGACAAGAUCCCUUGAAACGUAAAGGGAAAAAGCGAGGUCCUUGGGCUUACGUCACGCCAGAGGCUAAAUCGGAGAGACGCCAAAUAAAAUUGAGGGAAGCGAUUUCCGUAUGCGAAGAUCUCGAAAUAAUAAAAAUAGCUGCAAAACCGGUACUUAAUGCGCAAUCAUUAUUCGAUUUGUUAGUACUGAAAUCUGAAAAUAAUGUAAGAAAUUUUCUGGACGAAUUAAAGAAAUUAAUGGGUAAAAUACGGGAAAAAGUCGGAAGUAUAUUGACAAUUGCAAAUAAUACCGAAGAAUCGAGCAAGGAUUUGAUCGAUAUCAGCGAGGAAUCACUUUGCGAUGCUUUAGGCCUUAAUCCUGGUUUAUACAGAAUUAAUAGCGAUGCUUUGAAAAAGGUUGACACCACUGCUAGUAACACCUAUGAUAACGGAGAGCCUCCUCUUAAACUUCAAAAAACGGAUAAUUCCGAGGAUGCUAAAGAAAACGUAGAGGAACGAAUGUCUAGCGGUUUCUCGGAAAGUUCAGAUCUCAGUGUCUCGGACUUUUUAACCGACAGGAGAAACGAUUCUAUAACGAAUCCUACUUGUCCAGAAGUGUUGUCAGCUUUAACGUUAAUGCGAAGAAACCGCAGCCCUGUAAAUAAUACGGAAAAUAAUAAAUCCAACAAUAUCUCGAAACUUUUGAUCUCGAAUCCAGAAAUUCAAAGUCAAAUUUCAGAUAAUCCUGGAUUCCAAAAAGUGGAUAUAAAUACGCAAAAAGUUUCGAGUUUUCAAAACACGGAAACACACAAGGAAAGUUUCGCAAAGCUAGGAAACGGUUUAGGACCGUCGAAUUUCUGUAAAGACGAGAACAAUUACGAUCAAUCGAAAUUAGAGCACAUCGAGCAAGCGUUCAUAAAAUUGGAACCAACGGAACAGCUUUUCGUUAAGGUGGAGAAUGGUGCUAUGGGUGCUUAUCCGGAACAGGAUAGUUCGAAUUUUGAAAAAAUAAAUUUCGAAAAAAAUGGCUUGAGCAACUUGGAAAACGGAUCUCAAAAUUUUGCUAAAGGAUUCCAGAAACUGGUGUCUAAAAUAAUUCCUAUGACUUCGCCGGAUAUAAGUUGCGCUAAAACACAGUCGACGACGUUAGAUACAGAUUCUUGUAAGAUAAUGCCUGUUGCGUCUGUUUGCAAAAUUACAAAUAGCAUACCUUUACUUCAGGAUACAGUACCGAUAAUUUCCAAUAAUUGUGAUACUAGUAUAUUUGGUAACGCAGAAAAUUUAGACAUGUCAAAAAUAACUCAAUACGAUCACAUUGCACAUUUAGAUAUUUUAAAUACAAGUGGAGCUAUUGAUAAAAACUUAUUAAUCGACGAGAAGUUAGUCGAACAGUUGCAUCUAGUAGACCAAUCGAAUUUAGUUGACGAACUAGUUUCCGAACGAUUGAAAAAUAUUAUGCCGGAUAAUAUAUUGGAAAACAAUUUGAUACCAAAUAAUUCGAAUUUAGAUACGGAUCUCGAUUUUGACGCGUUAAGCGAAGAAUUUAACAGAAAUACCAGAAGUUGAUUCU